AUGCAGUGUUUGUAUAGACUGAUAAGCGUGGGGGGGGCCGAGGAGGAGGGAAAAAACAGCUUGGCUAAAAGAGUGAAAACACAGAGGGGUGAGAAACAUGUGAUUGAGUUAGAGAGAGCUCAAAGGUGCAGGGAGACGCAGAGGAGGACACAGAGAGAAGAAAACUCUGAGAGGAAGAAGAAGAAGAAGGAGUGCUGCUGCUGUGCUGGAGGGUCUCUGACUGGAAAGGUGGCUCUGGUGACUGGGGGGGGCUCAGGGCAUUGGAGAGCUGUGGUCCAGUCACUGCUGCAGAGCUCAGCCAAGGUGGUUGUGGUGGACCUGAACAAGGCCUGCGGUGAGCAGUGCAAGGCACAGCUGGACGCCGAGUUUGGAGAAGGAAACUGCACGUUCAUUCAGUGCGAUGUGUCCGACGGAGACGCGCUGCAAGAUGCCUUCCAGAGCACCGUGGACCAGUUUGGCCGUCUGGACAUUGUCAUCAACAAUGCUGGCAUCGCUAAUGAAAAGAACUGGGAGAAGACCAUCCAAGUCAACUUGACCUCAGUGAUAAAGGGAACCUACUUGGCACUGGAACACAUGAGCAAAGAGUACGGCAAGGAAGGAGGCACCAUUAUCAAUGUAUCCUCCAUGGCAGGAGCCGGCCAGCCAAAACAGAGAUACUCUGGAGGCCGGCCACGAGGCAAGUCAGACAAAGCAAGUCAGGAAGCUGACCGUGUGGCCAACAUCAAAGGCAACACGGUCAGCCACACGUGGCCAGCAGAGACGGUGUCUCUGAAGAGGCAGCAGAUGCAGAUGACUGUGCAGACUCUGAAGGCUCUGGCACAGAUGAUGGUUCCUGUGGUGGCUUUGACAAAGAUGAAGACUGAGGUUGUGAAGCAGGCACUGCAGACUAUGGAGACGCUGAAGACUGAUGAGGCGGUGCUACAGAUGCUGACUCUUAAGACUUGGUGGACCAGCGGGAUGCUGCAGCUGAAGACUCAGAUGCUGGUCAUUCUGGCUGUGGCUCCAUUUUGGUGGCGGCUCUGGAGUGGAUGA